GAAAUUUGUCGCCCUACGAAAUGGCUCGUUGUUAAUAAUCGAGUAUGUUUUCUGUAUGUGUGUGUGAUGUUAUCGUUUAUCGAGAAGUUGUGGUAUAAGACAUUGCAAGACGUGACAGUAUAACAUGUCAAAUUGACAUUGCGAAGAAGAAUUUUUGACAAAUAGCUUAAUACGCGCGCAGAUUUCACACAAAUGUAAACACUCUUGUCACUCAAACUGUUUUUCUCUUUUGCAUUUAAAUUUAAAUUGCAUAUUUAGUUGGCUUCUAACCUCUGCGAGGUAUGAAGCUGUACUUCGUUUUGUUUUCUGCACAGCGUUUUUACGCGUUACUUAUUUCUAUUGACGAUCUUGAUAUCCAAAUGUGCGCAUUUGGCGACGACGCUGACGCAGUUUCACUUUGUAUUUCCAAUAAAUGACACUGCUAUUACAGUUUUAAUCACUAUUACAAUUAGCAAUGUUUUGUUUUGCUGCAAUUUUAAUUAUGCAUCUCUUUUGGCAUUGGUUGUACACACUGAAAUGAGCUGAAAUUUGCGUUUGCAACCAACUUUGCGCGAGACAAAAACUGCGCACAGCCAACUUCGCGUACUACAAAAAAUGGUAAACAAAACAUUUGUAAACAAUGAAUGACAGCAGUGAAACGGAAUAUGUGCUCGAUGAACAGCUGUUGUCCAAUAUGAAAUGCAGCGAAGAUGACGAACGAAUGGAGGAAGAAGAUAUGGAUCUUAAAGUUCCCAUCAAUGACCCUGAACUGUUUGCUGAUCCGCUGCAGGAAACAAAUUCAGCCUCCGCCAACUUUCCAUGGUUGUUUAAAGAUGAAGAUAUUAUGUUGUUGUGUGAUGAGGUGACGCUGCAACCAGCAAAAAGUCGUGGCAAGCGUGGACGAGCAGCAAGUGGCACUUACAUUUCCAGCAAUGGGCAACCAUGGUGUUUGGAGCGUGAAUCACAACCAAACACAGAGGAGCUGCCGUUAGCCAAGCAACAAGCGUGUGGCAAAGGACCCGUGAGAUCCGUUACAAAUGCAGUUGAGGCAUGGAUGCUACUGUUUGACGACGAUAUGUUACGCAUGCUGCAACGCAUUGUCAAUGAGCAGAUACGUAAAAGACGCAACCGAAAUGAUACUCAACGACUCACAGAUCUCACAGAGCUGCGUUCCUGGUUGGGUCUAAACUAUCUAUGUGGCGUCUUCCGCAAUGCACAGUACAGUGGACCUCUUGAAGAGCUCUGGACACUGGAACUGGGGAAUGCUAUAUUUAGGGCAACUAUGUCGCUGGCACGCUUUGUCUUCAUAACCGAGAUGCUCAGCAAUCAGCCGGAUGAUGGUCAACGACUGUGGCAAAAGUUUCUCAUCAACAGUCGCUCCUACUACGGUGCCAGCGCUUGGCUCUGUGUGGAUGAAGUGCCCACCUUAGUUGACACCCGCUUGAUGAUCUGCUGCGAUGCCAAGACACAGUACAUGACCAAUGCGUUGCUUGUGCAGCAACCCACGACACCCAGUAAAGAGCUAGUGCAGCUUAUCUGUGAUUACAAGACAACGGGACGUAAUAUUACACUUGGAUCAUAUUAUGCCACAGCGAAACAUUGCGACCUGCUGCUGCAGUACAAUUUAAGUAGCAUCUGCAGACUGUCACCAGUUGCUGGUGAAUAUCCAAAAAACUGGACAGAGGGAACGCUGCGAAGCGGCGCCAAGCGAUUGUCACAGCGCUGCGACGUUGCGCUGCUCAGCUGUGGCUUGCCCAGACAACUGGAUGCCUUUCGAAUCGAACAGCACACAUCAACGGUGUGCUCGCAGUUCUAUGAACUUGCCACGCGCUAUAGCACAGCGUUUGCGUUACCCAAGCGUCAGGCGGAGGAGCGGCAGCUGCAUCCCUUGCUGCAACUGUUGCAUCUGCUGCUCAAUAUUGCUGCUGUGAAUGCUUGGAUCCUGCUGCGUCUAUCGCCAAAGGGCAAUGCGCAUAUCGAACAGCGCGACUUCCAGCGCCAAUUGGGACUCUUUCUCACCCAGCAGCGUUUGCAGCACCGACUGCAUCGUCGCACGACGUCUACAACGCUGGUAAUGCGUCUGCAAAUUUGCGAGAUUCUUGGACAAUCCAAUCAGCGCCUGCUGAGCGAAGCAACUGGCGAUGCAACGCAGCGUCAAGGCGUCGGCGUCAUCAGCUUGAAGCGUGCCAUGCUGCCCGAGGAUGUCACGUUGGUCAGUCGCCAUGGUGAGAAGCAUCGACGUUGCAAGCCAUGUGCGCGGAACAAGCGUGAAACAAAAGCCCGUACACGUUGCCAGCAGUGUCAAGCGCAUCGUUGUGGAAAUCAUCUAAUCUCUCGCUGCUAUGACUGCAUGGGUUUGCAAGAGUCUCAGCUGCCCGAGGGCAAUAUGAAAGGGCAGUAGUUGAUUAUCGGGUGCUGAAUGACCAACUGAGAGUGGCUGCACAACAUUUAUUUGGAAAGUGGUAAGAGUUUGCUACAACGAAUCCACAGAUGGAUUCAACAACUACAACUAUAAUGAAA